UGCUUUUCUUCAUCACUUCCACAACUCUGUGUCCACCUGGAGAUCAUGAUGAUGAUGAUGAUGAAGAUGGCACCCCAACAAACCUGGACACAAAUCAUUGUCACAUCAGCCUCUUUAUUGUCCCUGAUGCUGUGCAGCACAGUGGCAGAUGUUCCAGAAGAAGAAGGCUUCAGUGCAGAGACGUGGCUUCGUGAGUUCGGCUACCUGUCCAAGGCGAGCAGACAGAUGUCCACCAUGCAGUCGGCUCAGAUUCUGUCCAAAGCCAUCAGUGACAUGCAGCGCUUCUAUGGUCUUGAGGUGACCGGUGAGAUGGACCCCGCCACCGUUGCGGCCAUGCGUCGGCCUCGCUGCGGCCUCCCUGACAGAAGAGCAGAGGAAACGGACGAGGGAGCGAGGAGGAAACGUUACGCUCUCACUGGACAGCAGUGGGACAAGGAUCACAUCACCUACAGUAUAAUGAACCAGCACAUCCCCUCCUCGCUGGGAGAGGAGAGGACUUUUGAUGCGAUCCGUAAGGCCUUCGACGUGUGGAGACGAGUCACACCGCUCACGUUUGAGCAGUUACCUGCUGAGCACAGCAUUAACAACAGCAGCCAGAAAGACCUCGCUGACAUCCUGUUGUUGUUUGCCUCUGGUUUCCAUGGUGAUAUGUCUUUGUUCGAUGGCGAGGGAGGGUCGCUGGCUCACGCCUACUACCCCGGGCCAGGAAUAGGAGGUGAUACACACUUUGAUGCGGAUGAGCCUUGGACACUGGACAACGAAAAUCCAAAAGGUAUCGAUCUAUUCCUGGUUGCAGUCCAUGAGCUCGGUCAUGCUUUGGGUCUGGAGCACUCAGACAACCCCAGUGCCAUAAUGGCUCCUUUCUACCAGUGGACUCACACACACAACUUCUCACUGCAUGAGGAUGACAUCAAGGGAAUACAGUACAUGUAUGGUCCUCCUCUCGUCACUGAUGCUCCACCCACUUCUCCUCCCAACCCUGACGACGAUCCCGACGGCGAACCCCCCACCUCCCCCUCUCCUCCUGACGACGAACCCACCCCCUCUUCUUCCUCCACCGACCCCCCGCCCGAAUCCCCCGACCCGACCGACGAUAACCUGGAUCGGCCAGCUCGACCUGGGCCCACCUCGCCUCAUUUCCUCCCCAACCCUACGACUUCCAAGCCCGAGCCGGAACCCAUCACCCCGCCCAUUAGAAAAGAUGUCCCCCCUCCUCCUCCGCCACCACCCCGGCCCCCUGCUCCACCCCGGCCUCCCAAACAGCCGGACAACCAGCCACCCAACAUUUGCGACGGGGACUUUGACACAGUGACCAUGCUGAGGGGGGAGAUGUUUGUUUUCAAGGGUCGCUGGUUCUGGCGGGUACGUAGGAACCGGGUCCUGGAUAACUAUCCCAUGCCAAUAUCUGUCUUCUGGAUCGGUCUGCCCAGUGACAUCGAUGCAGCAUACGAGCGUCACGAUGGCAAAUUUGUCUUCUUUAAAGAUGAUAAAUACUGGGUGUUCAGGGAGGCUGACGUGUUGCCAGGAUACCCACAGCCCUUACAUGAGUAUGGACAAGGAGUUCCACCACACAGCAUCGACACAGCAAUCUGGUGGGAGCCCAAUGGAUACACAUACUUCUUCACUGGAGACAGGUACUGGCGAUACAACGAGGAGACGCAGACUACAGACCGAGACUUUCCCAAACCAAUCAGCAGAUGGGGCAGGAUCCCUACCUCACCCAAAGGAGCCUUCCUCAGUGACGACGGCGCGUUCACAUAUUUCUACAAAGGCAGCAAUUACUGGAGGUUUGACAACCAGAAGACGGCAGCAGACAAAGGCUACCCUCGCUCCAUCCUGAAGGAUUUCAUGGGCUGCGUCGGGGUCCCCGACCCUCCGCCCGACACAGACAUCGACCAGGAACCUGAAGACAAGCCCGUCAACCCCUCAGACAGAGGCAAAGACGAGCACAAUGAGCCGGACAGGGACUCGGACAAAGACACAAAACAGGACGAAGGCAAAGACUCGAAGCCCGACAGCUCAGAAGAAGAAGACGAUGACAAAGUGAACGUCGUCGUGACGAUGGCCGACAACGAAUCGAAGGUCAUGACCCUGAUCAUGGUGGCUGUUCCUCUGGUGCUCGUCCUGUGCAUCCUCGUCUUAAUCUAUGCUAUCCUCAGGACUCUGCAGAACAAAGAGACACCAAGGGCCUUGGUGCACUGCAAGCGCUCAUUACAGGAGUGGGUGUGAAGAGUUAGAGGAGAUAGAAUCGGUAUUUAUGUGGUGCAGUCGCAGGCAUUAAAAUUUGACUCAUGGCAGAGGUGGAAAGAAAGCUUCGACACAGUACUUUAGUCUCAUAAAGCCAAUGAGGACUUACCUCACCAUUUUUGGCCCCUUGCUUCAUUGUGAGAAACUUUUAUAGCUGAUGUGAAAUAAUGCAGGAGUUGUUAAGGUUGGAGCUGCAGUGCGUUUCCCCCUGCUGGCCUUGAUUUCGGUCUUGACAGAAGUUUUUUUUCCUGCGCCUCCAAAUGUCUGAAAAAGUACGUCUAUGUCAUAAAAAAAUUUCCAUCGCAACUUUGAAAAAAAAAACAGUGUGUCAGCCACUUUAGGUGGACUGUAAAAGACACAUGACACAUUAGCAAUGGCCGUUUCUAUCAGUUCUCAUAACACAGAGGAGGGACAGGGUUUAUUAGUAGUGUAAAUGCAGACAAAGUCAAUAACGCACAUACAUUAUACAGAAACAUACUGUACAGUACAUGCACACGACCAUGAUUGCUUAUAGCCAUGAAAACAAAUAUACACAUAAUAUGAACAAAUCUUCCGUAUUUUUUGACCAAUCUUUGCAUUUUUCUUUCUGUUUAGAACAGAUUUUUUGCACUUUUAAUGUUCAUCACUCUGUUUUUGUUGUUGUUGUUGUUGUUGAUGUUGUCUUCGUUUUGCCGAGGUUGCUCGACCACAGACGUGUGCGUGUUUAUUAAACACACAGACACUCACAGGGGAAGCUCGUCCUCCGUCCGGCGCAGGAAUGUCAGACAGCUGUGUGUGUCCAUGGCCGGCCAUCUCCCACUGAGCCCAUCAUGUCUGCCUUUCUCACACUCAUACGCCAACACAUGUAUGUCACAUGAUCUCAAACCCCCUCCCCCGACUGCACUCGCUUGUGCAUGCAUGUCCACAUAUGCAUACACGCACACAUAAGAGACCACUUACCCAAACAAAGGCACAUAUAGAGUUUUUGCACACAGACACGAGGGCUCCAGCCUCCCCUCCUCCCAUCACACCAUAUCUGUUCAGACUGCACCACUAAAAACACAAUCCCAGCAGAGACAUGUUGAUAUAUGACUGGUGCCAGCGCCGGAUGAAAUACAAGAGGGGAGUUUUAUUCACUUUUAACGAGAAGCAUUGCGAAAAGUUGCAGUUGUUUUUUUACAGAUUGUCAAAAGUCAACCUGCGAGGAGCAAAAACCAAGCAGUAUCUGUCUUCCUCUAACUCUCUGCAUCCCCUUUUUUCAUGCUAAAGCUAAAUAGAGUCAAAUAUAAUUAAAUGUACAAGAGAGAAGCCUGCAGGCUAGAGAAGAAUGGGGUCGAGGUCUGGUUUCCAUUAAGCCCACAUGUUGCUGAUUUAGUAGUGUAAGGCAUGAGGAGGGGGGGGGGGGAAUG